AUGACUGAUGUACCUCGUAUUGAGGCUAAAAAGAAUGAGAUUAACGCAUUGUACCGCGAGGGACGGUUCAGCGAUGCUGCACAGGCGUACAUGCGCCUUGUGGCUGAAAUGCUGCGAAAUGAACAGCUUGUAGAUGAUGUAAAAAAUCUUGCAGCAACAGCUAAGAGCGCAUCGAUCGGUGACGAUACCGUGAAGCAGCUAUUGGCCACCCUGCUCAGCAAUGCUGCACUAUGUCGAUUCCAGGAGCGUAUAAUAGAUGAAGCAACGGAAUUAUGGGAAGCGUCCCUUGCUAUAGAUAAGUACAACUACAAGGCAGCUUAUCACUUGGUGCAAUGCUGCAUAGAACGCAAGGACUUCCGAGAUGCCCUGAAAGGGGUAGCUCGCUGCCAGAACAUUGCAGAGGCAACAGGAAUGAAUAAAAAAUUGAAGGUACUGCCACAUGCCCACUUGAUGGAACGUAUUGGUAGAGCCAUUGACCGUGAUUAUGGUGAACGUACCGGAUUGACUGGAUGUGAUGCUAUUAUCACAGCUGUGGAAGAAGGGGAUGCAAUUGAAGAGAAUUUGGAAAAACUCAACAACCAAACCAGGACUGAAAUCGUUAGACAGAGAGUCAUUCCGAGAUUGGUAAAGAUUAUUUGCAAGAAUCUAGACGCAACCAAAGAUCCGAAGUUCCACACCUAUAUCUUGUUUACAAUACAUAGAUUGAUGCAGAACCUAGAACAAAAAAUAGAAGUACAACUUGUGUCUCAGCUUGAUGAAGCUAUUGCCGCGGAAUCUUUCGAUCUGUUGCGUUAUGCAAAGGAGUUGAUGGCGGCUAUUGAAAAGAAUCCAACUUUGGUGGAGGAUUUGCAGUCCGUGGCGUUCCAUCUUGCCAGACUCUGUUACGUAAUAGGUACUUCUUCGGCUUUGGAAACUAUAUGUACCAUAUUCGAACGCAGUAGUGAUUCUCAGGAAUUACGUGUACUUUCAUGUGUAUGGCAAUUCUUCUUGCGCCCACGUGUGUCGGAGAAACUGCCACCCGACGGUCGCUUCAUAACAGUGCUGACACGUCUCCUGGAAACCAUUCUAUCUCACUAUGACUUGGAAUAUGACAAAGAGAAGUUAGAUCUUAUCGAACGUUGUCUAGUUCCUAUAUUCAUAAUGCGACAUGUCCGAUAUGAAAUCAGUGAAGAGACCAUAUGCAAUAUCUUUAAGCAACUCCUGGAAGGUUACGUCAAAGGCGGAUGGCUAAGGCAAAAGAAAUUGCAACCUCAGUGGUAUGUCAUUAUGAAGUCUCUGCACCUUGCUGACAAGGAAUUCUUCAAGGGCUACAUGAUACAGAACAACGCUUUGACACUUAUACUAGACAACUAUGUGAACUUCCAAUCGUUGGGCCCCAAUCUGACUAAACGUCGGGUACUGAUGAGUGAGACUAUAAUAUGUUGUAUGGAUUUCCUGGAGCUGCGUCAGCAAAUUAACUCAGCUCGGCUAGGAGAUGUGUCGCUUGUAGACCACUUGCGUGGUGAUGUCGAAAUUGCUCAAUUCUUAACGCAAAUCACUGAUCGUGAUGAUGAAAUCGAAAAGUAUUGCCGCGGAAACAACUUCUCUUUCACUAAGGAGCCGAAAACAGAUCCUGAACUACUGCUUCAAGAGUACAAACUAUUGAUACUGACAAAGUUGAUGGUGCACUCGCCCACACAAGCUUGGGAAAUAUUAGAAGUCUUUGAGCUCACAAGUCUGGUGCCUAUGGCACUUGUAGCUGCACUGAUUGAUGGGCGUCGUGUAGACGUUUUGAUCGACGCUUUGUCCUACCUUACACUACAUAUGCAGGCCAAACAAAAGGAGGUAGUUCAACUCAUGUACCCAGUGAUUCGUUGGGCUGACACGAGCGAACUGUGCAAGGGUAAGACCCUGUAUAUGGUAUGUCAGGCUCUAGCGAAUCUAACCAGGUCACGUGAACACCGCCACAGGUUUAAUCGCAAUGAUAAAACAGAAUCCAAACUCGAUGAUGAACAGUUGGAGGCCAUGCGCGCUGUUUUCGAAAAGUUGCCGGCAGAAAGUCGACCUAUGUCUAACGGAGAGUAUGAUGAAGGUGAGGAAAAGCUUGCGGAAAGUGUACGCAAACAUUUACUCGCCUUGCACGAAGACAUACCACAUAUGCUGCUACGCAUUCUAAGGCGUAUAAUGAAGGAUACCGGAGAAUCGACAAGUACCGCUUCUCAGACGCUCAUGCUCGAGACUUUACACUACCUGACGGUUCCGAGUGUAAACAGAUCUAAGUUGUAUGCUGCUGGUGUCUUACGUGCAUUCCUCAACGCUUCGAGCGCCCGUACCGACAAGGAAUCCCGUCAAGUGAAGUACUUCGCGCAAUCCAUUGCUCAUUUGUGCCUAUCAGCUGACCCUAAGACUCUGUCGUACUCCGAUGCGCAGGAUGCCUCGGGACCCUUGGUGAAACUACUAGGCGACGAGAACGAGCUGCUGCAGUACGAAGCGGCCUUGGGACUGACUAACCUGCUCUCCGUUGAUGCCAGCGUGCGCAAACGUGUAUGGUCUUUGGGUGGUUGGGAUGCGUUGGGAAAUCUUGUGUCCUCAGAGAAUGCCCAGUUGAAGGCAGCAUGUUUAGAGGGAUGGUGCAACUUCGCAGCUAGCGAAGGACCUGUACACGAUCAUUUCGUCAACAAACUAUCAGAACAGUUCGACGCACUACAACCGCGUUUCGAAGAGGUGGACGACGAAGAUGAAGAUGAGGAGGAUGAAUCAAGAUUGAAGAUUGAGGAUGCAGAGGGCAAGGAUAAGGUAGUGAUAGAAGAAGAGGCCAAGGAGCCUUUGCUCGAGGUUCACGACAUUAACGUCAUGCUACUAUUCGCAGCGGAUGCGUCCGAUCUCAGAUGUGUCAAAGCAAGCACCGGAGCACUCGCUUACCUGGCACAUGACCUACGUAUUGCCAAGUACCUACCGUUGUGCAGCAAGUUCCCGUCCCUUAUUAAGGCAGCGGAUACGAUAGAGGAUCCAGAAGCCUUGAAACGGGUGUUUACUGUAUUUUCAUGCGUGAUGCAAGGCAACCUCGACGAAGGGUCAAAUGUCAUUCGGCAACGUGUCACAGAUAUCAAGCGCAACAUACGCGAAUGUACGAAACGAAAUUUACCAAAAAUUAAGAUAUGUGAACUGACGGAUCUCGCCAACGACAUUGAGAAAUAUUCAAACAUUGCAGACGAUUUGGUCGCGUAA